CCGUAACCAACCGUAGGGUUCCGACUACUCAUCGCCGCAUUCUUCAACAGCUCCAACUCCAACCACCAUCUAAGUUCAAAUCAAUUUCUCCAGAUCUCCAUUACCAAAACUCGCAUGUACAAACACUUUUAAAGUUCGAAGAACAAACAACACUUCCAGAUUUUCGUUUCCACAAGCUACAUUUCUCUCCGAUACUGCAAUGGACCGACGAAGCUGGCCGUGGAAGAAGAAGGCGUCUGAUAAAUCAAUCUUAGUGAUUGAUUCUGCAGCUGAUGCUUCUCAUUCUCAGAUUGAGAAGGAAGCUAUUAAGAAGCCAAAGUAUGUGCAAAUAUCUGUGGAGCAGUAUACACAUUUCACUGAACAGAUUGAUGCGUAUGAUGAGAAGGUUCAUGAGUAUGAAGAACAGGUGCAGAAACUUAAUGAAGAUAUUGCGGACUUGAAUGAAAAAUUUUCUGUUGCUAAUGAGGAGAUAGUUACCAAGGAGGCCUUAGUGAAGCAGCAUUCCAAGGUUGCUGAAGAUGCUGUUUCAGGUUGGGAAAAAGCUGACGCGGAGGUUUUGACAUUGAAAAAUACCCUGGAGUCUGUUACUCUCUCGAAACUCACAGCUGAGGAUCGUGCAGCGCAUUUAGAUGGUGCAUUGAAAGAAUGUAUGAGGCAGAUAAGGAACUUGAAGAAAGACCAUGAAGUGAAACUGCAUGAUGUUGCUUUAAGCAAGACCAAGCAAAUUGAAAAAAUGACAAUGGAGUUUGAAAAGAGGAUGUGUGACUAUGAACAAGAGCUGCUAAGGUCUGCAGCGGAUAGUGAUGCCCUAUCGAGAACUUUACAGGAGCGGUCCAACAUGCUAGUAAAAGUCAGUGAGGAGAAGUCACGAGCUGAUGCUGAAAUCGAGACCCUGAAGAGCAAUCUAGAAAUGUGUGAAAGAGAAAUAAAAUCUCUCAAGUACGAAGUCCAUGUAGUUUCUAAAGAGCUGGAGAUACGCAAUGAAGAAAAGAACAUGUGUAUUAGAUCUGCAGAAUCCGCCAACAAGCAACACUUGGAAGGGGUAAAGAAAAUAGCUAAGUUGGAAGCAGAAUGCCAGAGACUGAGAAGUCUUGUGAGAAAGAAGUUGCCAGGCCCAGCUGCACUUGCGCAAAUGAAGCUUGAGGUUGAGAACUUAGGCAGGGAUAGUGGUGAUGCCCGACAAAAGAGAUCUCCUGUCAAGGUCUCUAGUCCGUGCAAGUCGCCCGGGGGAUACUCAUCAACUGGGUCUGAGUUCUCUCUCGAUAAUUCACAGAAAUUCCAAAAGGAAAAUGAAUUUCUAACAGAGCGUUUACUUGCAAUGGAAGAAGAGACAAAAAUGCUGAAAGAAGCCUUAGCAAAGCGAAAUAGUGAGCUGUUGGAGUCACGGAAUCUUUGCGCUCAGAGCACUAGUAAACUUCAAAGCUUAGAAGCUCAACUGCAGCAAAAUAAUUCUCAGAAGUCCUCACUUGAAGUGUGUCCAAAUCUGAAUACGAGCAAUCCAUCAAGCUCAAUCUCUGUUUCUGAAGAUGGGAAUGACGAUUCUGGAAGUUGCAGUGAAUCUUUGUCAACAAAUCCAUCACAACAGAACAAGAAGGAGAAGGAGAUGGCAGCCUUGGAGAGGGUUGAAAGUGUUAAUAGCCAUGUUGAGCUUAUGGAUGAUUUUCUUGAAAUGGAGAAGUUAGCUUGUUUGCCAAAUCAGUCUAGCAGUAAUGGUAGUAUGGAUUCCAAAGAUGGUUCAGGUGAUCAAAAGUCAAAAGUGGUAAUUCUUGAGGCUCAUACCGAACUUGAGGAGUCCAAUAGAGGUAGUCCGGGAGAAGUGAUGGAAUUUAGAUCUAGAUUAUUAAAGGUUCUUGAAUCUGUAUCUACCGAUACUGACCUACAAAAGAUAGUGGGGGAUAUAAAAUGCAUUUUACAAGAUGUGAAUGCUUGUAUGGACCAGGAAAAGCCUUCUGAGGUGCAGGUUCAUCCUGAAGAAGUGUCAGAUUUAUGCGCAGAACAAAAUCUGGUUGAAGAUUGUCAUUUGGCUGAACAAAAGCUGCAGAGCGUUCACCAAGAUUUGAAAAAUGCUGUUUCUCGGAUUUAUGACUUUGUUUUGUUGCUAAGAAAUGAGGUAAGGGCAGGUCAGGACACAGCCAUUGAGGGAAAUGAUUUUGUUGAACUGAUUCAGGGCUUCUCCGUCACGUUCAACCAAGUUUUAAGCGGUGAUAAAAAAUUGGACGAUUUUGUUUCGGAACUUGCUAAUGUCUUCAACGAGGCCAUGGAGCUAAAGGUAAAUUUCAGGGGUCUUGCUUCCUCUGAGGUUGAAACGCUGAGUCCAGAUUGCAUAGACAAGGUUGCAUUACCCGAGAGCAAGGUUGUAGAUAAAGAUUCAUCUCAAGAAAUAUAUGAAAAUGGAUGUGUCCACAACGAGCCAGGGGUACCAUGUGAUGAAAACAGAGUUUUGGGGUAUGAAUCAGACUCCAGAUUACAGGAAAUAGAGGAACUGAAAUCAGAAAAAGAAAAAAUGGCACUGGAUAUUGAGGGGCUGAAGUUUCAGUUGCAAGAAUCUGAGCAGCUGUUAGCUGACAUUAGAUCACAGUUUGAUUCUGCUCAGAGGUCAAACAGAUUGGCGGAUACACAACUCAGAUGUAUGACUGAGUCAUAUAGAUCACUUGAAUCACGUGCAGCUGAUUUAGAGAUCGAUGUGAAUCAGCUUAAGGAAAAUAUACGGAAGUUGGAGAACGAGCUUGAGGAUGAAAAACGCAACCACCAAGAAGCCACUGUGAGGUGCCAUGAACUUGAAGAACAUAUUCAAAGACACAGAAACACUUCUUUGGUUGCUGAGGAUGAUGAAGAGGCUGAUAUCAAGAGCAAACAGGAGAGAGAGUUAUCGGCAGCAGCAGAGAAGUUAGCGGAGUGUCAAGAAACCAUAUUUGUGUUGGGGAAGCAGCUGAAGUCAUUUCGGCCACAACCUGAACAAUUGAGGUCACCAAAAAGACAAAAUGAGUCCUAUUCUGAAGAAGAGGAACCAGGCACCACCACUACCUCAGUCCCAAAGAACUACGCCGUAGCAGACGAAGGAGAUUCAACUGAGACUUGGGUUAACGAGGUCCCUAGAUUUAUGGAGUCUCCAAAAUGCCCUUCUGACUCAGAGAAUAGCGAUACGAUGACAUCGCCAUCACGAGUGGGUUCAAGGCUCACAAGGUCAGGUUCAUCUACCAACGCGACCCCGGAGAAACCCUCUAGAGGAAUAAGCAGGUUCUUCUCCUCCAAAUCAGGAUAUUAAAUAAAAGAGGGGAGAAACUUGUGUGUAUGUGUACAUGAUGAAAUGUGAUCAAAAUACUUGGAUCUUUUUGUUACUUACCUGUUUAUCAAACGACAUGUGCAUUUUAAUGUUGAUGUUUGCUUAUUGAAGUAAUCAAGAAUGUAACAGUGC